CCCUUUAAAAAUUAAUCUGUACCCAUGCUAAUAAUUCUGUAAUUCUAUAUUCGCAACGAAACUUCGCAGAACAGAAAUUAGAGCACUCUGUACUCAUAUAUUUGCCAAAGUAGUUAUACUUUCAAUCGUAUGGCAGGGAUUCCACAUGAUAAGAAUGACUUUAAAUGACAUGUGAACUGUUUACAGGCAUUCGACAUUGUUUUGAACAGUAACGACCUCGUUAAGCGCGUCAGACACAACACAAAACGCUUCCGAAAUGCCAUGAUCGAAGCCGGUUUCACAGUUGCUGGGGGGGGCCAUCCUAUCUGCCCAAUCAUGCUAGGCCAAGAACGACUGGCGAGUAUAUUUGCGGAUGAAAUGCUUGCAAGAGGAAUCUAUGUGGUUGGAUUCAGCUACCCAGUAGUUCCCAAAAACAAGGCAAGAAUCCGGGUUCAAUUGUCAGCCAGUCAUUCAGAUGAAGACAUCAAUAAAGCUGUGAAUGCAUUUGUUGAAGUAGGGAAAAAGCUUAAUGUUAUCUCAUAAUGUUUGAAUAAUUCCAUCAACAUAAG